AAAUGCCGAAUGCAUAACUGUUUUGACACAUCCAUAUGUCUAAAAAAUGGAUUCAAGGUCUACAUCUACCCAGUUGAGUCAUACGAGAAAGAGAUCUCAAGCACCUACAGAGAGAUCCUGUCGUCGAUUAGGCGAUCGAGGUACUUCACAUCAGACCCGAGUGCGGCCUGCCUCUUUAUCCUUUCCCUCGACACACUCGAUAGAGACCCGCUGAGUAAAUCCUUCGUGAAGGGACUCAGGGGGAAGUUAAAUCAUUUGAAAUACUGGCGACACGGCAUCAACCAUCUUAUAUUCAAUUUAUACUCGGGGACCUGGCCUGAUUACAAGGAGAUGGAUAUAGGCUUUGAUGUCGGCAUGGCCAUGAUUGCCAAAACAAGCCUUUCCCAACAGCAUUUCAGACCAAACUUCGACAUUUCCUUUCCACUAUUUCAUCCAGAGCAUAGCUACCGAGGUGGCGAAUUAGGACUCGUUCAGUCUACGGGGAAUCUGGCCGGCGGUCGAUCUUUUAUUCUUGUUUUCAAAGGCAAGAGGUAUUUAUCAGGAAUCGGAUCAGAGACGAGGAACUUCCUCUACCAUCUGAACAACAAUAGAGAUAUUAUCCUACUAACUACAUGCAAGCAUGGAAAGGAUUGGAAGACUCUUAAAGAUGACAGAUGUGAGGUUGACAAUAGAGAUUACGACAAGUGGGACUACAAGGUCUUGCUGAGAAAUUCGACCUUCUGUUUGGUGCCUAGGGGUCGUAGAUUGGGGUCGUACAGAUUUUUAGAAGCGUUACAGGCCGGCUGCAUACCCUUGAUUCUGAGCAAUGAUUGGGUGCUGCCAUUUUCGGAAGUCAUUGAUUGGUCGAGAGCUUUACUAUGGGCUGACGAAAGAAUGCUGCUACAGCUGCCUAGUUUAGUCCGUUCAAUUGGUACAGAGCGCAUACUGCUACUAAGGCAGCAGACACAAUUUCUCUGGGACACUUAUUUUUCGUCCAUAGAUAAAAUAGUCGCCACAACACUUGAAGCCUUAAAAGAUCGUAUUUUUAAGCAAGAUUCUACAAGCCGUACAUCUUCAGUUUGGAAUUCAUUCCCCGGUGGUCUGGUACAUCUCCCUGAAUAUUCACAAUCUUUGGCUAGUUAUCCUUUCUAUUCGGUGUCUUCUGAUUCAUCCUUACCAUCUUCAUCUUAUCCUUUGUCUGUCGGUCGGAAUCCAGUUCCUAAUUCUAGGGACAGUAAUAACAAAAACAAUAAAUAUAAUAAUGGAUCAUCAUUAUCACCAUCGUCGUCGUUGUCUUCAUCACCAUCAUUUCUUCCUAAUCGUCGUAAGGCUAGGAAGUUCGAGGCCGUUAUAUUGGCGGGCGAGAAAUCGCUGCCAUUUUCGCAGAAGUCUUUCGUGUACAGCUUGUUAAGAAUCGUCGAUGAUGACGGGGGCGGUUUGUUAACAUUAAAUGAAGAUGUCAUCAUUACCACUGAUGAGAUUGAUUUCGCCAAUCACGUGUGGUCCCAGCAUCGCUCGCAGCUGAUUGGCUACAGCGAGAGGAAUCAUUUCUGGAAUUCCGCGCACCUGGCCUAUCAGCUCACUUCAAAAUCGACCAAUGAAUAUUCAGUAAUUAAGUUACAAUCUGCCUUCUAUCAUAGGUACUACAAUCGUCUCUACACGACGUUCAUCCAUCAAGUUGCUAAUUAUACCAUCCAAUCGGAGGAGCCCUUCUGCAGAGAUAUAUUCAUGAAUGCCUUAAUUAGUCACGUGUCCAAGCGACCGCCAAUCAAAUUGGGCCGACGCCGACCAAUAGCAACUCGUGUAUUAAAUCAUGCUAAACAACCUCAUAUCGGUAAGAUAAGAUGCUUCCAAUUGGCUGAAUCUAUAUUCGGCUAUUCUCCAUUCAAGAGAUCCGUGACUCGGCUUGACCCAAUUUUUCAUCUUGACCUAGUUUCCAGUUUCCGGAAGAAAUAUUUAAAUGUU